CGUGAGUACACCCCCGUGGACAACAUAGGUUUGUGUGUACAAUAUUACGUGUGUGCGUUAGUGAGCGCGCAAGUCUUGUGAACGCGUCCUAAAAUAUUAUUAUUAAUAAUCGCGAGCCCGCCGUAAACCCAUUACAAUAGCGUAACGGAUUCCUGGAAUGACGAACGUUGUGACUACUACCGCAACCGCGGUCGUUGUGAGAUGAACGCCACCGGAUGUCUGGCGGCCCUGGGCGACGGCGGCGAAGCAUUCGUCGUGAUCUCGUCCGACGGCGACGACGACGACGACGAGUACGGUGGCCGCAGUCGCCGUGGACGUCACCGCCGCCGGCCCACGGAGCCACAGACCACGUAUCCACGGUGCCCGACUGGCAGGCCGCCAACGCCACCACCCGUUCUUCCGAUGGCCACCGCCGAAGCGUACAAGUUGAGAGCACGCCGCAAGGACCGCGGUGCGUUUGUCGUGCUGCCCGAACCGCCAGUGGCAUCUUCCGCAGCUAUGGCGACCACGUCGUCCACUGUCGCUGCCGACCCACAGGCGCAACCGGUUAACGGUACAGGUGUCAGCGGUCGCGUUAGUCCGUUCCGUGGCUAUGGUUUCAAAACACCUGAAAACGGACGGUCACGCGCGUCCAGCCCGUCGACGUCCGGACGGCUGAAGCGUCAGUCGUCCGAAUCGCGGAUUGUGGACGAUAGUCGUCGUCCAACAUCCAUCACGGCCGACAACAAACGGCUAUCGGCGUCCACUAAAGACCUGUCGGCGACCGGCAAGCGGACGUCUGGUUCGUCCACUAAACAACCGUCGGCUGCAAGUGGUGCUAUUGGGGGCCGGAAAAUGCCGGUGGCGACGGGAAAGCCACCGACCGUUCCGACGGCCAGCAGCACGGCAGCCGUCAAGUCGUCGCCGCGUAAGAAGUUGCCUCCAACGCCACGCAAACCUGUGCCACCCAAGUCACCGCUGCCGCUUAGGUCACCAAAAACGCCGAGACGGUCGCAACUGUCGACCAACACAGCAGCAGGCUCCAAACCAAUUGUCGCCGCAAAACCGACUGUCAUCCGUCCGCCGGUCAAAUUGUCACCACGUUUACCCAAGAAACAAUCGACGGCCACGGCUGUGGCAUCAUCUAAGGCGGAAGCUCCACCGAAAGACGUCGCUCACCCACCACCCGACAAUGGUGUAAAUACGGUGGCCGCGACUGCCACAGUGACGGCCACGACAACGACCGCAACUACGUCUACGGCAUCGGCGUCGGCAGCGUUCGAUUCUUUGCCGUCGACUGCGGCACCGACGUUAGCCGCGUCCACCACGACUACGACGGUACAGUCUGUCAUUCCGAUAACGGCGUCCACCUCGGCCACGGCCAUAGCGACCACACACGCAACCAACGCUGUCGCUUCACCCGUCGUCGACGGUGGGCCGAUUGUCACAGCUGUGCCUCCUCCGGCAGCCAUUGCCGCAAAUACGCUGGCCACUUUAUCCGUCAUAGACCCGUCGUCCACGACUUUGAAACCACCCUUGAGCGCGAUGAGAUCUCGGGAUCAACCAGCCACUGCCACUCCGUCACGGCCAGCGGCCACCGUCGUCGUCGUGGACGGUGGUCCACCUACGGAAGCGGCCACCACGCGACAGUCCGUUUCCGUCACUAUGACGACCACGCCACCGCUGUCAUACGAGUUACAAGAGAUCAUUGUGGAACCGGAAAUCGAAAACCAGAGCGGACGAACGCCCGUCCGCUUGUCCGUGGACGCUGAUGGCAACAAAAGUUCGUCCACGGCCAGCAGCAGCAACGGUCACAAGACUGUCGCAUGGGCGAGGCCAUCCGAAAAGAUCAUCGUGCCGGCGGAAGUCCCGCGGUCGGCUGAACCGGCCACCAAAGAUCCGGCCUACAAAAGAUAUGCGCGGAAGCUAUGCGGCGGGGGUGGCGACGGCGACCGUGGUGGACGUAGAGCAACCGUUGGCCAAGUAUCUCCGCCGGCCGCCACCGGUGGCCGUGCGUCAAAGUGCUGGGCGGCGGUGUGGAAAAGGCGGCCGCGGCCGUGCGGCCAGUGUUGUGGCCGAAAACGAUCGGCCUCCGUGAUGGCAUCCGCUGCAGAGGCUGCGUCCGGCGGCCGACGACGUCUGAAAUGGUGGCGACGGUGCAGCGAUAAGUUGUGCUGUUGCCGCGGCAAGCGGACGAUGACGAACAAGAAGAAACUCGCUACGGCAGCAUCGUCAUCCGGCCAUUCGGUUGGAGCGCUCGGCAUCGCUCCGCCGACCAUGGCCGCCGACACGUUUUGCGGCAAGUUGAAAAGGCUGUCGCGUCGAUGUUGCUGCUGCUGCGGUUUGUGUUGCGGCUGGUGUGCCGUUCCCAAGUUCGUCAAGCGGAUAUGCUGCUGUUGCCGCGGAAAGUCAGCGACCUCGAAGAGCAAGUCAGCCGACUCGCAGAAGCGGUCCCUGUUCAAGUGUACCGGUUGCUGCACGAAUAUACCUAAAUUGGAUGCAGUUUUCGUCGAUCAUUCGUCCGUUAUGAAAGGUGCUAUACCAGUACUACCAGUAACACUGGCAUGGUUGUGUUUAGUGUUCAACGUCAUUAUUCCGGGAGCAGGUAAUAUUUAUUUCAACGUUAUCGAAUAGUUUCUGGUCAAAAAUAAUUGUAGAAGAUAAAAAUUAUUUGUGUACCCACCCAUAUGAUAAUAUCAAAGUAUGUAAGACAUUAUAGAUAGGUAUUAAAGCUUGUUAAUAAAAUA